UAACGCUUUCUGGCUAUCUUGGUGCUAGCUUGCUCCUUCAGGACAAGAACUUUGUUCUAGCAACCUCCAGUAUCCUCUCCAAUUUGGCUAGACAUGAGUCAUCUGUGAACGUCCUCAACGGCGGGUCUUAUAGCCCCCAACCUUUCGACUUGGCACUACGGCCAGAGCAAGUACUCUCUGUCGUAUCUCCCUACAUUUCCGAUUGUGAACUCGACAUCGCUCCUUUGAAGCCACUGAAGGUGACCAACGAACUUCGUCCUGGUGCUUUGAUCCAAUUCGACAAGUCAGGACUCCCUCGUGACGGACCG